CCGGCGGAGCCUGGCAUUCCGGCGCUCGGGCAUGGGGAUGGCGCGCCGGCUCCGCUUCACACUAAUCGCCAUGCGUCGCUAUUUCUGCAUGUAACGCCUUUAAAAUCGCCCAUUUGCUUUCUUUUUUCUUUUUCUUUUCUUUGCGUUUAUUUUUAACUAAAAAUGGCUUGGCCGUGCAUCAGUAGGGUGUGCUGCCUGGCUCGGUUCUGGAACCAGUUCGACAAAUCCGAUCUCUCGGUGCCGCUAACUAUCCAGAACUACUCCGAGAUCGGGGAGCAGGAGGUAAGAUCAGUCGCCAAGCACGUACCGGCGGGCAGGACGCAGAAAGCCGGACCAUCAGCCCAGGACCAGAGAACAUCACUUGCAGCAGCGGAGGCGGGGAGCAGGAGAUCAUUGCGGGGACGGAAGGAACCGAGCUACAAGCCCCGAGAGGACUACCGUCCCCCCGACGUGCCUUUUCAGAGUGUCACUCAGUACAAACAAGAUUUCAAGCCCUGGCCCAUUCCUAAAAGGGAGAGUUUCCCCUGGAUUACCAAUGGUAGUAAGGACGACUCCCCUUUGGAUAGUCCAAAAAAUGCGAACCAGCACAAAAGCGAUAACCAGGAUGGAAGUAGGCAGAAGCGGGGCGAUCAGUCGCUGGGGACGGCCAAAGGAAGCUCAUACAGGCAUGAAUAUCGGCCCUGGUCUGGAGUGAAGUCAUCCAAACAGGUCCGUAAGAAGCCCCCCCUCAGCACAGCAGACCUCCCGCCUGAGACCAGCUACCGGGCAGCUUUCAGCGGGGACUCCUUCAGGCAGAUGGAGGUGCUCCAUGUGGAUACCACCGGAGCCUCACGAGGCGACCUUCCUGACGGGCCGGACCUCAUCCUCAGGACCAGGGCAGAGGAGCAGCUGGUUAAAACCAAGCUUUCCCCAAACCCCUCUGCGGUAUUUCAGAGUGGAUCCCGAAUCUUCAAUAUAUGACCAGGUCCCUCAAACAUUCUGUCGUCAGCCUAGAGGAGGACAGUGGGCUUAGUUAACCCCAUAUAAGACAACUAUGCAAGAGGUCCCAGAAUGCAAUGUCUGUGUACAGUUUGCUGUUCAUUAAAUUCAAAGUUUAAAAGCUUAGAAACUGAGACUGGUGGAGUCAGUAAGCAUGUCACAAAUUAAACUGUCUUUUUCUCCGUGUGUUAAAAUGUUUUAACUACAGGCCUGUGAAUGCGUUACACGUUCAUGAGCAUGUAACUGCUCACCAGAUUAAUUCAAAAUGACUUUUUUCCCUGGUAUGCAUCUUUGAUUAAUGAAAGUUAUUUUUUUAGUGUAUGUGAAACGCAGUUUGAUAUCCAGUAAAGUACCCUUUAUGUCUGCUAGAUUUUUAUUAAUGGGAAAGCAAGCCUACAUAGCCGUUCAUUUAAUUUUCAAUGACUUGGGGACAAAAAAACACUACAAAUACCUUCUUUUCUUUUUUGAGGUAUGUUUAUGAGAUGUGAUUAAAAGUGAUGGAGUAAAUAACUACAUUCUAAGUUCAAAUAAAAAAAAUAUGUUUUAGAUGCUUCCUUUUGAGUUUA